GCAGGGUUUUCUAAUUGUUAACAAUUGGCAGCUAAAUGUUGCAGAUCAGCAGCAAUUCAAGGGUGAAAUUGUUUCCCAGAAACCUGCUGGAGCUGUUGUAACUCCGCCUGGCCGCCAGGGUGUGCUGUAGCCGAGACUCCCACCUUAGUCCUGCACUCCAGCUUUUAACAGACUAACUAGAAGGGAGAAGGAGAGCUAGUGGAAUUAUGGCUGAAGGGGGAGCGGAAACAGAAGCAGAAGUGAGGAGUAGACUGCAGGAACUAGUAGAUAAACUUUAUCAUUUUCGGGACCACUAUUUUGAAAGUCACAGUGUUGAAGAUGCUAUACGGAAACAGUAUGAUGUGAAGGAAGAAAUGGAGCAAACCAUUGCUUUAAUGGAUGAGACUGAUGAUGCCUGGAAGAACAAGGCCUUCUUUUUAAUGCUAAAGGGGAAGGCUCUUAAUGUGACCCCCAACUAUUGCCCAGAAUCUGAAGAAGUGCUUUCUAAGGCAGUUAAACUGGACCCAGGACUAGUAGAAGCUUGGAAUCAGCUUGGAGAAGUAUACUGGAAGAAAAUGGAUGUGACAGCUGCAAAGACUUGCUUCAUGGGUGCUCUGAAUCAUUGUAAGAACAAAGUCUCUCUGCGAAACCUCUCAAUGGUGAUGAGGCAACAGCGCUCACAAGAUGCAGAUGAAAAUUCUCGAAAUAUUAUGGAUAGUGUAAAGCAAGCUAAGCAAGCUGUUCAGAUGGACACAAGAGAUGGCACCUCCUGGUAUAUCCUUGGCAAUGCCUAUCUAUCUCUGUUCUUCUGUACUGGGCAAAAUCCCAAAAUUUCUCAGCAGGCUCUGAAUGCAUAUGUACAGGCGGAGAGGGUGGACAAGACUGCCUCCAGUAAUCCUGAUCUGCACCUCAACCGAGCAACAUUGUGCAAGUAUGAAGAGAACUAUCAAGGAGCACUGGAUGGGUUUUCUCGAGCUGCAACUCUGGAGCCUUCUUGGACUGAACCUGUUUUGAGGGAAGAACAGUUACUUGAUUACCUGGGCAGGUUGUGUGGCCUUCUCAGCAACAAGGGAAAGAUCCGUGGAAAACGGCUACAGAACAUGCUUAGUAGUUUAACUCCAGGACUCCUAGGCCAUUAUGGAAGUUCUGGUGGACUCCAAUUAAAGACCUUAAGUGCUUUGCAGCCUGGAAAAAACUCUGGUUGUGUGGUGCUUGGGAGGGUCGUAUUCAGCCUAGUGCCUGAAGAGCGAGUGCCAUUCACAUUUGGACUUGUAGAUACAGAAGGAACUUGUUAUGCAAUAAUGGUUUACAAUAUGGUAGAAAGCUGGGGAGUGCUCAUUGCAGACUCUGUUACCAUCCCUGAACCUCACUUGAAACAGCAUAAUAUUCAACACAAAGGCCAGACAUUUGUCUUUCAAAGUAUACGUGUUGACUCCCCUGUACGGUUGUUGGUGAAUGGCAAGCCUCAAGGACCGAGUGCUCAGGCCAGCGCAACAGUGGCUUACAGACCCCAGAGCGAGUAACUUCAGGACAGCGGGAUCUAGCCUCAACGCUGUGAAUUGGGGACUUAGCAGUUCUAGUUCUGCUUUGAUGUCCCUCAUGUUCUGUGGUGAAGAAUAAACUUUGACAGGGUUAUAACACAGACAAAACUUACAAGCUGCACUUAUCUGGUACAAUACAGUUAGUUUUCUAAUGCCUUGUUGCAAGCCUCUUCUCGCAUUAAGAGACAAUUUAGAGUGGCUUCCUGUAACAUGUGCCCACAUUCCUUUAUUGCUUCAUAUUUGUACUAUUUUCCCAGUCUUUGCUCUUUUGUUUUACCGGCUGUAGUUCUAUUUAUAAUGCAGAUUCUGAAUUGUGUUUAUUUAUUUGACAAUACUUUGUGUUACCUCCUAUUUAGAGGAAGAUUAAUAUUAUUUUUUUCUAUAAAAAUAUUAAAAUUUACAAUUAUUUGUUACUUUUUCCUGAAUAUAUUGACUGUAAACGACUAUUUAAAUGAUGUCAAACCAUUAUUUAAGAUUAUGAACAGUAAGUAGCAAAGCACUUUGUAAUGUUUUUCAUAUUUGUUUUAAUAAUGUGUCCAAUCACUUUCUAAAGAGACAUAAUUGAGUACAAUAUACUGUGUAAGACACUCACUGCACGCUUUAUCACAGAUUUUUUUUCUGCAAAUUGGUUUUGAAUCUUUAACAUUUAUAGCAGAAUCUAAAACAAACACAUAUUGAUGCAAACUUCAUUGUGGUUUUCAUGCGAUACAUUGCAAAGGGGUAAAAAUCUGUGGUCAAAAUUCACAACAGAAUAACAUUGAUGUGCUAAAUCCACAGAAUACCCUUUAAUUCAUUCAGGAAUUUUUUGCUACUCCAUCAACUUGUAUUAGCCUGUAUUUUAAGAGUACUACGCUGGAAUGUUUUAUCAUUCCAUUGUGCCCGAGCUGCGAGAAGUAAAAAAAUCAAAUAUUUUUUUUACUCCCUUUCGCUCCCCCAGUGUGCAGAUAGCUCUCUUCUGUGGUCUUGGCCUGAUCUUCUCCUGCAAACCUUACAGCCCGAUGCAACACACUGCAAUCGAUUUAUUG